GGUACGUCGGCCAGACCGCGGCUGAGGCGGAGCGACUGCUCCGCCACCGGCUACCGCUGGCAAAUUCCUGGAAUCUCUGUUCCGACACCUGUCGCAAUGCCCCGUGUUCUCACCGAGUUUCUUUCUUCCCGCUUGUUCCGCGUCAAACUCUAAUUGUCUCCUUUUCCCACUGACCUUCUGGAUCUCUCUCUUCGCCGCUAUAUAUAUUGAUCCAUCGUAGAUCCGUGAACAGCUCUGAGCGUGUUCCCAAUUGUCAUUGUUUGAUUUGAGGCUUUUUCCGAUUGUAAUUCUUUGAUUUGAGGUUUCUCCGAGUGUAAUUUGACGAAUGGCGUCGAUGGGUGGCGAGAGGAAGAGGGUGGUGGUGAUUGGCGGCGGCUCCGGUGGCUCUCUUGCCGCCAAACUCCUCCAAGACCACGCUGAUGUCGUCCUUAUUGACACGAAGGAGUAUUUUGAGAUCACCUGGGCAAAUUUGAGAUCAAUGGUUGAACCAUCAUUUGCUGGCAGAUGUAUUAUUAACCACUCUGAGUACCUUCCUAAUGCGCGAGUCAUCGUUUCAGCUGCAACUGAUAUCAAUGGAGAUGAAGUAGUGACUGCAGCUGGACACCGGAUUCCAUACGACUAUCUUAUAAUUGCCACCGGCCAUCUUGAUCCUUGCGCUCUGACGAGAGGCGAGAGGCUUAAUUACUUCCAAUCAGAGUAUGAAAAGAUUAUCUCCUCUAAUUCAAUACUAAUAGUUGGAGGGGGGCCAACCGGGGUGGAGCUUGCUGGGGAAAUUGCUGUUGAUUUUCCCGAGAAGAAGGUGACUCUGGUGCAUCGAGGAACAAGGUUGAUGGAGUUCGUUGGUCCAAAGGCUAGCAGGAAAACACUGGACUGGUUGACGACAAAGAAAGUUGAAGUCAUAUUGGGGCAAUCAGUAAACCCUACUCCUGUAUCGGAUGGUGUUUAUGAAACGUCUGGUGGAGAAACUAUCAGAGCCGAUUGUCUGUUCACUUGCAUUGGAAAGCCUGUAGGCUCAUCCUGGCUGCAGAGUACCAUGUUCAAAAGUAGCUUGGAUGCUAAAGGCAGGCUAAUGGUUGAGCCAAACUUGAGGGUGAAAGGUUACAAUAAUGUCUUUGCCAUUGGAGACAUUACUGAUAUUCCUGAAAUCAAACAAGGGUAUCUGGCAAAUGCCCAUGCUGAGUUGACUGCCAAGAACUUGAAGCUGUUGAUGGCUGGAGGACCUGAGUCCAAGAUGGGCACCCACAAGCCUGGGAAGGCAUUGGCAUUUGUCUCACUUGGAAGAAAUGAUGCAGUGGCACAGAUUUUAUUCAUAACAAUGAUUGGGUGUGUCCCUGGCAAGAUCAAAUCCAAGGACUUGUUUGUGGGCAAGACAAGGAAGCAACUUGGGCUAAAACCCUAAUCUCUUAUUUGUAGUGUAGUAGAAGAAGAUGAUAAGGAAUUGAUUAAUGCCUUUGUUAUUUUUUUUAUUCAACUUUUAAACUUUAUCAGUGUUGUCUUUUUACUUGUAAUCCCUUCUGUUCUGAAGUCUUUUAUAGGAUGAUGAAAUCUUGAUUCUUUAGUUAA